AUGACCGCGGAGGCCUGCGCCGUGCAAUGCGCCGACUACGCGUACUACGGGACCCAGUACUACCAUGAGGCUCUUCGUGCUGCGAAGCCGACUGCGGCGCUUGCGGAGGUUCCGGUUGCAGCAAGCGUGGCUCCGGCGCCGAUUCGUGCUGCACCUCGAGCAUCCAGGCUUCGAAGAAGUACUGCUCUGACACCUUGGCUGCCCCGUGCAUCGUCUGAGCUUACCUUCCCUACACCAGAAUGGUCACAUCAGGCCCCUCGCGGAACUGGCCGUGUCGACGAACUUGGCCACGCUACAGUAGCGUUUCUUCUGUGCAAGUUCGGAGAAGUUCGGCGCUACUGGUGGUGUCGUUUAAACACCUCCGAAAAAUGUGGUGGAGUGUAUUUUUCUUGGUGAAGAGGUUCGUGUGAUGAUUUUUUAAAAGUGAAGGGUACAUGUACUGUGUCUUCUUAACAAUUAGACUACAUGUAGACGUGUACUGUAGUCUGAUGAUAGAAUGCACGUGACGAGUGAAUGUAAAUUGCCAAGAGUGCUGCAGCAA